UUAAGUGCCUUCUCCUUCCAGAGUAAAAUAAAUCCGUGCUGCCAUCACUUUCCCCGCACACAUGUGAAACAGAGAACCUUGUUCCCGGAAGAGUUUGCUGUGAACAUCACCAGGAGUCUCAAGAUGUCAGAGAAUCAACCCAACAACCACCACCAUCCAAUGAACAAUAACGGGGGGGCUGGGGCCCCCCCCGGGAAUAACCGAGGGGUCCGCAACCUCAACCAGAACCCCCUGAUCAACGUCCGUGAUCGCCUCUUCCAUGCGCUAUUCUUCAAAAUGGCUGUAACCUAUGCCCGUCUCUUCCCACCCUCCUUCCGUCGCAUCUUUGAAUUCUUCGUGCUCCUCAAGGCGCUGUUUGUGCUCUUCAUCCUGGCUUACAUCCACAUCGCCUUCUCCCGCUCCCCGAUCAACUGCUUGGAGCACGUCCGGGACAAGUGGCCGCGAGACGGCAUCUUGAGGGUGGAGAUCCAGCGCAACUCGACCCGCGCCCCUAUCUUCCUCCAGUUCUGCGAGAACGAGAAGUUCCCGGCCAUGGCGGUGGAAGAGGAGGAGGAAGAGGAGGAGGAGGAGAUGACUGUGGAGAUGUUUGAAAACAGCUCUGUCAGGUUUCAGUUAGAUAUUGAGCCAAAGGUAUUCUUCAAGCCGCCCCGGGCCGGCGGCGCCAAGGUGCCGGCCCAGAACAAAAGCCAGGAGUUUUCGUUCGGCAGCGAGACGGCCCCUAAAGGUAUGCAGCCCCUCAGCGAGACCAUGUCCGAGUUUGAGAUGCUGGCCAAAGCAGUGUGGCCCCAAGAAGAGUAUAUCGUGGAGUAUUCGUUGGAGUACGGCUUCCUGCGCCUGUCUCAGAGCACCCGCCAGCGCCUCGACAUCCCUGUCAUGGUGGUGACCUUGGAUCCCACCCGGGACCAGUGCUUUGGGGACCGCUUCAGCCGCCUUCUCCUGGACGAGUUCCUUGGUUAUGACGACAUCCUCAUGUCCAGCGUGAAGGCCUUAGCCGAAAACGAAGAGAAUAAAGGCUUCCUCCGCAACGUGGUCUCCGGGGAGCACUACCGUUUCAUCAGCAUGUGGAUGGCUCGCACCUCCUACCUGGCCGCCUUCGUCAUCAUGGUGAUCUUUACCCUGUCCGUCUCCAUGCUCUUGCGAUACUCACAUCACCAGAUCUUCGUCUUCAUCGUGGACCUCCUGCAGAUGCUGGAGAUGAACAUGACCAUCGCCUUCCCCGCAGCUCCUCUGCUCACUGUCAUCUUGGCCCUCGUAGGCAUGGAAGCCAUCAUGUCGGAGUUCUUCAACGACACCAGCACGGCCUUCUACAUCAUCCUGAUUGUGUGGCUGGCCGACCAGUACGACGCCAUCUGCUGCCACACCAACACCAGCAAGAGGCACUGGCUGAGGUUUUUCUACCUGUACCAUUUCGCUUUCUACGCCUAUCAUUACCGAUUCAACGGACAGUACAGCAGCCUGGCUCUGGUGACCUCGUGGCUGUUCAUCCAGCAUUCCAUGAUCUACUUUUUCCACCACUACGAACUGCCGGCCAUCUUGCAGCAGAUCCGGAUCCAAGAGAUGCUGCUCCAGAACCAACAAGUGGGCGCCCAGACCACCCUCCAGGACAACCUCAACAACAACACCACUGUCGCCCCCUCUGAGCUCGGGAGCAGGCCGCCCCUGCCGCCCGCCGGAGAGGGGGGCGACCCCCUGGCUCCCGGGGAGGGCCACACCGCGGCUGUCGCCUCUCUGGGUGCCAACGCGAACUGGGUGGCCGAGACGGCUGCCGUCAUCACCGAAGCCGCCUUCCUCUCCAACCUGAGCGCCUCCCUCUUGGACGGGAGCACCGUGCCGAGCGCCAGGGCUGGCGGAACUUCACAGGACGCGGCGGCAGCCCCCUCGAACCUGGCGGCCCAGAUCCCGGCUGGCGGGAAUCACGCGGAGGGUCCAGCCGGGGCUGCCGCCCCAGAGGCCGCUUCGCCAGUUGUGGCGCCCUCGAUAGCUGAGACUCCUUCCGCAGAGCUGGCGCCCGCCGGGACUCCUCUUCCUUCGGUUCACGAGGCUGCCCCCGAGGGCUGGGGUGACCACGCCAAGCCGUGGGGCACGGACUGCGCGGCCAGCCACGGCUUGGCCAGCUCUGCUUUCCCGAGGCCGAAGGAAGGCCCCGGGGAGGCGGACUCGUGGCCAGUGCUCCCGGACAAUUUGCCGUCCUCGGGACUAGAAUCCAGCCACUGCUCUUGAGCCGCUGCCGCUUCCGGCCACCGGACGUUUCCCCUGUCCUUGUCGCUCACCCCCUUGGCCCGCGUCUGCUUGCACCCACGAUCCUUCUGGACGGGGAGAGGCCUGCGUGCAAGAGACCGCUGGGGGGGGGUAUAAGCUGCCCCUGGAGAAAAAUAUGAAUAAAAAUGGGGGAGAGGAGGCA